AUGAAUGCCUCGCUCCUUACCGACUUCACUGAGCAGGAAGUAAAGCAUGCUGUUUUUCAGACGUAUCCAACCAAGGCACCUGGGGCGGAUGGAAUGCCACCUGUCUUUUUUCAGAAAUAUUGGCACAUUGUGGGCAACGAUGUGUCUCAAGCCAUUAUUAAUUUUCUAUCUUCAGGACGUCUACUCCACAAGAUCAACUUCACCCAUGUGGUGCUCAUUCCUAAAGUGAAAAACCCAAAGGAUAUGACCCAACUUCGGCCUAUCAACCUCUGCAACGUUUUAUUUAAAAUUGCCUCUAAGGUGCUGGCCAACCGAUUGAAAAUUAUCCUCCCUUCUCUGAUUUCGCCCAGUCAGAGCGCUUUUGUCUCAAGCCGCCUUAUUUCUGAUAACUCCAUAUUGGUUGCUGAAAUCAUCCAUUGCCUGCGGAGUCGACGACGGGGUAAGAAAGGCUUUUUGGCACUGAAGCUUGAUAUGAGUAAGGCUUACGACAGAAUUGAAUGGUCUUUCCUGGAACAAAUGAUGAAGAAAUUGGGUUUUGCUGAGCAAUGGGUUCGUCUUAUAAUGACUUGUGUCACUACUGUUACUUACUCCUUUCUGGUUAAUGGCUCACCGUGUGGCUAUCUUACCCCUUCUAGAGGCCUCAGGCAGGGAGAUCUGUUGUCACCCUAUCUAUUUAUUCUAUGUACACAAGGUUUCUCUAGUUUUCUUACACAGGCGGAAAGGGAUGGGCGGUUACAAGGAGUCUCCAUUUGUAGGGGUGCUCCCCCAAUCAACCACCUCAUGUUUGCAGAUGAUUGCUACUUGUUUGCCCGUGCAAAUGUGAGGGAUUGCAGGACAAUUAAGGAGGCACUCUAUUGGUAUGAAUGGGUAUCCGGUCAACAAGUUAAUCUACAGAAGAGUGCAAUUUGCUUUAGCAAAAAUGUUAAGCGCCAAGACCAACUGGAUCUAGCAGCAUCCCUCGAUGUCUCAUGUGCUGAUCAUUAUGAUAAGUAUCUUGGACUUCCAAUGAUAGUUGGUAGGAACAAAGAUUUCUGGUGGAACGGAAAUAGUGGCGAUAGGAAAAUACAUUGGCUUGCUUGGGAUAAGCUUUGCCAACCCAAAGAUCUUGGGGGGUUGGGCUUCCGUGAUUUAUAUGCUUUCAACCUUGCUAUGUUAGCUAAGCAAGGAUGGAGGCUCAUACAAUAUCCAAACUCUCUUAUAGCAAAUGUUCUACGAGCUAAGUACUUUCCUGACAAAUCUUUUCUUGAGGUCCCUGUCUCUGAAAAUUCUUCUUGUGUUUGGAAAAGUAUUUGUGCAGCCAGAAAAAUUCUUUUGCAGGGAUCUAGAUGGCAGGUGGGCAGUGGGGCAGAGAUUGAUAUUUGGAAGGACCCAUGGGUGCCACGCCCUUCUACCUUUCGGUUUAUCUCACCAAAACCCCACGGCUGUGCUGUUACCAAGGUGAAUGAGUUUAUUCUUGACCACCCUCGACGCUGGAAUGUCAGCCUUCUAUCUAACCUCCUUUACCCCCCCGAUGUGGAUGUGAUCCAAACUAUUCCGCUGAGCUUUCAUCUCAGGGACGACACCCUCAUAUGGCAUUUUGACAAAAAAAGUUUCUCUUUGGCCUCAGCUAAAGGUGGCUUCAGUGUUGAUCUCAUUCACCGUGAUUCUCCAAUAUCUCCCUUGUACAACCCUUCUUUGACACCCUCCCAGCGUUUGGCCAAUGCCCUUCGUCGAUCGAUCAACCGACUCAACCAUUUCAGCCCAGCAGCUUCUUCAUUAUCUCAGGAUGGCCCUAACCAAGUUCAAGCCACUCUCAUCAUGAAGCGGGGUGAGUAUCUCAUGGAAGCAUCGAUCGGAACACCUCUGUUUCCUAUCAAAGCCAUUGCUAACACAGGCAGUGAUCUCAUAUGGACACAAUGCAAGCCUUGCCCUAGUUGUUACCAACAAACAGACCCUCUUUUUGACCUCGAAAAAUCCUCAACUUACAAAACCCUACCAUGCUCUUCAAACCAGUGUGUCUCCCUGAAUGGAACUUGCUCAAGUAGUAAUUGCCAGUCAGUUAUGGUGAUGGAUCACACAGCCGUGGAGAGUUUGCCCAGGAAAUGUUAG